UACUGUUACAGUAUUAGACUGAGAGCUUUUGGACACAGCCACAAGUAUUAUAAGCUGACACUGAACCACGCGCUAGCUCCUAAGACGAUCAUUAGGAAUACCGGAUUGAAUGCGUACCCGUAAACUGGUACAUCUGAAUUCGACCAAGCCGAAGCUGUAUGGAAGAAUGGUCACCACCGGGAGAUGGAGCUGACCGGAGAUUACCGAUGUCUGCCGACUCGUGACGGAAGGACGACUUUUGCCGAGAGUUAGUCGCCGACGACGUGGAGAGAAAAAUGGUGUUAGAGGGAUCUGCAACAUGCCUGAAGUACCUUCUGUUCGCCUUCAAUUUUAUGUUUUGGCUGUCCGGGUGCGCCAUCCUUGGCGUGGCGAUCUGGCUCCGUAUCGAUGUCCAGACGAUGCAGUACGUCCGAGUGGGGGAGGACCUGGAGACGUUCUACAUCGGGACGUACGUGCUGAUCGCGGCGGGAGCCCUCGUCAUGCUGGUCGGCUUCCUGGGCUGCUGCGGCGCCAUCAUGGAGUCUCCCUGGCUCCUGGCCUCCUUUUUCGCGUUCCUGGUGCUGAUAUUCUCAGCAGAGGUCGGAGGUGGCGCAUGGGCGUACCUACACAGGUCAAAGCUGGAAGACUACGUACGUGAGGAGUUUCAGUUGAUUGUCCAGACGAGAUAUAACCAGGACUCGUACGAGACCACCACCAAACUCUGGGACCAGCUCCAGAUAUCUCUGAGAUGUUGCGGCGGUGAGGACAUGACUGACUGGAACCUGUCGUUCUGGGGCUCGUACCACCCGCGGGACGUGCCGGACUCCUGCUGCGUGCGGCAGGAGAGGAGAUGUGGACGGUUUGGCCUCACCAAGAAGAUCGGCAUGUUCAGACAGGGUUGCAGCAGUAAGAUGGUGACGUUCUUCAGCUCCAGACUUCUCAUCAUCGUGUGUGUGGGACUGGGAGUCGCCAUACUGCAGUUGAUGGGGAUGGUAUUUUCCCUGAUGUUCUGCUGUGCUCUGAGAGGCAGAAGAGGUUCUGAGCCCAUCGACAACGACUCCAACAGCAAACCCCCUGCCGUGGUGGUGUGAGCGUACAAGCAAACCCCUGCAAUAUAUGAAGAGACGCAAGAGGGUGCCCUUAAACUUUUAGCACAUAAAUGACGAAAGUUAUGUAUGAAAAGCUAUGUAACGAUAUUAGGUAAAUCAUAGUAUUUAUAUUGUACAUAUCUUGUGUCUAAUGUAUAUUGUGGUACUUCGGAAAGUCA